UUCACGCCGCGAUUUACUAGAAGAAAGCCAAAUUUCGUUCGUUAAUAUGGAGGCUAGAGACGUUGUUCUGACCAAAUUAAACACAAAAAUGGAUCGUUGAGAGGUGAUACUUUGGAUAAUUUGUCGAAGGUUGACUGUACGAGAAAUCGCCGAUGAAAUAUAACCGUCAGUGAAUCUUUAUCGUGGAGAUGGAAGUGGGCAGGCAGAUCCUCGGAAAGUUGCAGAGAAAAAGGAAGCCGCGCCUCAUGCUGCCCGAGAUCGCUCAAGGCCUGGAGGUGAACUUUUAUACACCCGAAGCGCACCAGAUCACCCACCUGAGAGGCACGUAUUCGGCGGAGGAGCUCUGCACCGAAGCCGCUCAGAAGCUGGGUCUGUCUCCGUUAUGCAGUAGCCUGUUUGCUAUCUACGAUGAGUCGAGCAAGACCUGGUUUCCUCCCAAUCACUCGUUCAUCAUAGACGAGACGACAAGACUGAAGCUGCACUAUCGGAUGAGGUUCUACUUCAGUAACUGGCACGGGACUAAUAAAGAUACUCCAGCUGUUUUACGCCACAGUCUCAAACGAACUGGAAACCAAGGAGCAGCUCUGCUGGACUCUCCAUCACUGACCUACCUCUACACCCAGAGCCAGCAUGAUUUCCAGGGAGGCACGGCACCACUCCGAAGCCCUCAGAGCGAGGAAGAUACCCAGCAUAUAGAGAACGAGUGUUUGGGCAUGGCUGUGAUGGCCAUAUGCCACGACGCCCUUGCCAAAAACCUGCCCACGCGGGGCAUGGCCAAGAAAUUCAAGUACAAAACCUACAUCCCGGCCGACCUGAAGCGCUCCAUCUCCCAGAGGAGCGUCCUCACCCGGCUCCGCAUCAACAACGUCUUCAAGGCGUUCCUGGAGGAGUUCAGCGACAAGACGGUGCAGAGGAACAGCGUCAGCCAGCACGACCUCAAGGUCAAGUACGUCGCCACCCUGGAGACCCUGACCAAGCACUUCGGCUGCGAGGUGUUCGAGCCCGGCCUGUUGAGCGUACACGAGAGCGAGGAGGUGCGCUCGGGUCCGGGGGACGAGGAUGCAGCCCGGCACCGCGUGCUCGUGUCUGGAACGUGUGGCAUCCGGUGGCAGAAAGUGCCACCUGAGCCCUGCCCGAACCCAAAGAAGAAGAACUCGAAGAGAAGCCGUAAACCCCAGCCUCAGCCGAGAGGCGGCACGGCGGACGGGGGGACCGAUGGCGGCUGGAUCGUCUUCUCAGAUUUUCACGAGAUCACGCACAUCGUCAUCAGAGGGACUCAUGUGGUGGUGUACAGACAGGACAACAAACGAAUGGAAAUGCACUUUGACUGUCGCAAAGAGGCCCUCGCGUUCGCCAGCCUGAUCGACGGAUAUUUCAGGCUCACUGUGGACGCCCAUCACUUCCUGUGCACGGAGGUGGCGCCUCUCUCCGUAGAGACCAACCUGCGCGAGGGAUGCCACGGUCCGAUCAGCACCGAGUACGCCGUUCACAAGCUGAAACAGGAAGGUUACGAGGAGGGCAUGUUCAUCCUGCGCUGGAGCUGCUCUGAUUACGAUCACGUGUUGCUCACCGUCAUCUGUAACGAGAGGGACGUCUCCGGCGAGAUCACCAAGACCUUCAAGAACUUCCAGAUUGAGAGAACCGAGGGCGGCUUCUGUCUGUGCGGGACCGAAAUCGAGAAGCCCACACUGAGAGAGCUGACCGAUCACCUGUGUGGUCACUGUCUGAGUACAGAGAGCAUCUCCCUGAAGCUGGCACGAGGCUGCCCGCCUCAGCCCAGAGAGCCGUCCAAUCUCUUAAUGGUGACGAGGCCAGACUCGGUCCCGCCUCCGUCCGUAACUAGUCAGCUCGUCUUUCACCGGAUCAACAAGGACGACAUCGUUCAGGAGACACAUUUGGGGAAAGGAACCCGCACCAACAUCUACUCGGGAACUCUGAAGAUAGAGAAUGACGAUGAUAGUCUGAUUAGUUUUAACAACACCGAGGUGAAGGUGGUCAUCAAAGUACUCGGCGCGGGGCUUAAAGACAUUUCGGCUUUCCUGGAAAUGGUGAGUUCGAUGCGGCAGAUCUCACACAAGAACAUGACGCUGCUGUACGGCAUCUGCAUGCACAGCAUGGACAUAAUCAUGGUGGAGGAGUUUGUGCAGCACGGCCCUCUGGAUCUGUUCAUGCGAGCCCAUCACGCCGAGCUCAGUCCGUCCUGGAAGUUUCAGGUCGCCGAGCAGCUCGCCGGCGUCCUCAGUUACCUGGAGGAUAAGAAACUCGUCCACGGCUACGUGUGCACCAAGAACAUCCUGCUGGCCAAAGACGGCCUGGAUGGAGAACAAGCUCCCUUCAUAAAGCUCAGCAAUCCGGGAGUUCCCAUCACCAUGCUCAACGAAGAAGAGUGUGUGGACAGAAUCCCCUGGAUCGCCCCCGAGUGUGUGAACAACCCCAAAGCUCAGAGCGUCGCCGUGGAUAAGUGGGGUUUUGGGACGACCCUGUGGGAGAUCUGCUACAACGGAGAGGCUCCGCUCAGGGACAAGAAACGUACCGAGAAGGAGCGCUUCUACGAGGGCAAAGGCGCGCUGGUGGUCCCCGACAGCAGCGAGCUGGCCGAGCUGAUCACUCAGUGCAUGAACUACGACCCCAGGAAGAGGCCGUUCUUUCGAGCCAUAGUGCGAGAACUGGACCGCAUUAAGGAACACAACCCGUCGAUGGUGUCGGAUGUGAUUCCUGUGCUGGAGAGCGACCCCACACAGUUCGAGAGCAGAUUUCUGAAGAAAUUACAGAACCUGGGAGAGGGUCACUUCGGGAAGGUGGAGCUGUGUCUCUACGACCCUCACGGAGAUCAGACGGGGCAACUGGUGGCCGUCAAGUCGCUCAAAUCGGAGAGCGAGGGGCCCGAGUGCAGCAACCUGAGGAGGGAGAUCAACACCAUGAGGGAGCUCUACCACCAAAACAUCGUCAAGUACAAAGGCAUCUGUACCGAAGAGGGUGGAAGAACGAUUAAGCUGAUCAUGGAGUAUCUGCCUGCUGGAAGCCUGAAGGACUUCCUACCCAAAAACAAGGCUCAUAUCAGCCAGCAGCGCCUCCUGCUUUACGCCAUCCAGAUAUGCCAGGGAAUGGACUACCUGGGCUCUCAGAACUACAUCCACAGAGACCUGGCGGCUCGGAACGUCCUGGUGGAGAACGAGAUGCUGGUGAAGAUCGGAGACUUCGGCCUGACCAAAAGCAUCAAAGAUAACGCGGAGUAUUACACGGUGAAGGAGGAGCAGGACAGUCCAGUGUACUGGUACGCGCCCGAGUGUCUGAUCCAUCGCAAGUUUUACAAAGCAUCGGACGUCUGGUCCUUCGGCGUGACGCUGUACGAACUCAUGACCUACUGCGACCGCAAGAGCCGGCCUCCCGAGAUGUUCCUGAACAUGGUUGGCCGAUCACACGGGCAGAUGACCAUGGCACGUUUGGUGAAGGCUCUGGAGGGAGGGUGGCGUCUGCCCUGUCCUGCAUCCUGCCCAGACAUGGUGUACUCGCAGAUGAGGAGGUGCUGGGCUUACGUCCCCGAUGAAAGAGUCGACUUCAAAGGCCUGAUCGAGGUGUUCGAGCGCCUCCUGUCCAGCGAGGAGCUCAGCUUACUGCACAGCUGUUAAAGCGCCUGGUUCGGCCGCCGGAUUCGAGCCUGAUUUAAUAGUAAUCUGAGCUGAGAUGAACAUGAAUGUGUUUUUGUAGUAAUAGAUCGUCAUGUAGGACAGAAGAUCUGAUUUGUAAAAGCCACUGAGUUCCUCAGAGUUUCAAAAAGUUCCAAGAUUUGCUCCUCAAAACUGAUUUGUGAAAAGCAUGAGACGACCUGAGUAAAAAAAAAAAAAAAAAAGAGGAACUCCUGAUCCAAGGGGGUCGACACCGUCGCCACUGAUGACCCCUAGUUGCACUCUCAUUAUUGCCAACCUUAAAUAAUACUCUAUGGCCAGAAGUAUCCGGACAUCCCCCUGCUUACUGAGUUUUUGUCUUUUAGCCAAACCGGUUCCUAACAGAUCUGUUAUAUUUAAGUACAGUGGAACCUCGAUUUAACAGACAAAAUCUGGAAAACUGAACGUCCGGUUCGAUUGUUUAAACUUCCCAAGAGAAGCGUGCCAAGACCAGUAGUUCAGUAAUCGUCCACUAGGUGGUGCACGUCUCUCUGAUUACAUGAGCGUGAGGCUUUAUUUCGUCGGGAGGCUCGCUUUGUUCUCGCCUUUUUUUCUGUGUUUUAUGCUUUAUGUAUUUUUGCAAGUUCUAGAACUAGCUCCAGUAACCACCAGCAGAGCUUCAGACUCAGAAUAAUAGAUAGCAAUAUAUGAUCACGGCAUAAAAACAUCUCCUCCACCAUACACGGUAAAUGAAAUGUCUCCCCAGUAGUACAAAACACCAAUUUUAAUAUUUAUUUACAGCUUUUACAUGACAUAUUUACAUUUCUUUGAUCAGAUGUGCAUGUUGAGCACGUUUGUGGACCUCAGUGCUGCAUUUUUGUAUAUUUUUUGCACCCCCUAAAAAAAAAACCUUGCUGUCUCGGAUAAUCUCAUUUUACGAUUUAAGCCUGUAGUUUAUAUUACCUGUACUGAGGUACCGAGAAAAAAGUCACCUGACACGUUUACGUCAUACAAAACCUCCGUCCUGGAUUUAUGUUUCAUUGCUUUUAUUGCACUUUUGCUUUUACAAUUGAAAUCAAACGUUUACACAGACGUGUGAGGAACACUUGUAUGAUUUCUGCAGCUGUUUCUGUGACUGAUCAGAACUUACAUACCUGGUUAGGUGUGUUAGGAUUAAUGUCAUCCCAAUUUUGUAUCACGGCCACGAUUGAAUACAGUUGGUCAGUUUCUCUGUGCCUAUAUAAAUAGGGUGGGUUUGAUCGCACCCGUUACAAGGUAGGAAAUGUGUCUUGACGGAUAGAUGUACCACAUAACCACCAAAAAGUGACCAUGUCAACGUUCAAGCGAGCUUAACACCGCAGUGAGCUUAGAGGCUGCCAUGCAAACCACAUUGACCGAGAAAAGGCGAGGUUUUUUUUCUCCUGAACUAGACAGGAGACCACUGUUCCAUGUAGCUUUUAAUGAGAGCAGCCAAACUAACUCUAUAAUCACUAAGAAGAAAUAAAAGAGGCUGUAUGGGAAAUGUAGGUGUACUCUUAUAGCCCAGCAAGAAUGAAAUAAAAUCAACCCAAGACUUUUAUGACAAACAUGUUUCUUACGUGUGUAUGUAAACUUUUGACCUCAGCUUUAGAUAAAUGGGGCUGUUCACACAUAAUAAAUGUGAUGUUUUGCACAGUUCGGAUAAUCUAAUUGUAUGAGGGAGACAUUUCAAUUCGCUUUGUUGCUGCACCUCGUAAAAUUAAAUUCUAUUUUCAUGCCUAGAGUUUGACGUUUGCUCUUCAAUCAUUUCUUCAGUUCUAACUUACGAUUCUCAUCUGAAGCGGAUCUCAUUUACACCGCACUGCGUAGCCCGUCGGGUAAAAUGGGGUCAUGGUUUGGGGUCACCUGUCAAAAAGUGUUGAAGAACCCCUCACUGACCCACUGGCAAACAAAGCACCUUGGUGCUUCAAACUCAUUUUCAUCGAGGGCCACAUCUGCAGUAUGGUGGCCCACAAAGGGCCGAUUGUAACGUAUCCUGCUGUGAUUGCUCUCUGCCUUUCAAUUCUUGGAGAAUUUGUUGUUUUUCUUGGAGGAUAAAUUCUGUUUGGUGUCAAAAUGCCAAAUUAAAUCUGUAUAUUUAUAA